CUUUCCUGUCACACAGCAUGUGCAGACAUGGCUGCUGCAAACUAUCUACCAACUGAAGAUCAGUUCCUGUGCUCCAUCUGUCUGGAUGUGUUCACUGAUCCUGUCAGCACACCAUGUGGACACAACUUUUGCAAGAACUGCAUCAACAAACACUGGAAUACUAAUUAUGGGUACCUCUGUCCCUUGUGCAAAGAGGCUUUUACCAAAAGACCUGAUUUGAGGGUCAACACUUUGCUCUCUGAGAUGGUUGUUCAGUUCAGACAGUCAGCUCUGCAGGAAGCCAGAAGAUCAGUGUGCAAACCAGGAGAAGUUCCCUGUGACGUCUGCACAGGAACCAAACUGAAGGCCCUGAAGUCCUGCCUGGUGUGUCUGGUCUCCUACUGUGAGACUCACCUGGAGCCUCAUCUGACAGCUUCACGUCUGAAAAGACAUCAGCUGAUCGACGCUGUGGAGAACCUGGAAGGCAGGAUGUGUACGAAGCACGAUAAACCUCUGGAGCUGUUCUGUAGGACCGACCAGACGUGUGUCUGCAAGCUCUGCACUGUUUUAGAGCACAAGAUGCACGAAGUUGUUCCUCUGAAAGAAGGAUAUGAGGAAAAGAAGGCUGAGCUGUGGGAGAUAGAUGGUGAAAUUCAGCAGAUGAUCCAGAAGAGAGAGCUGAAGAUUCAGGAGAUCAAACAUUCAGUCGACCUCAGUGAGAAAGAUGCAGACAGAGAGAUAUCAGAAGGAGUUCAGGUCUUCACUGCUCUGAAGGAGGCUGUUGAGAGAGGCCAAGCCAAUUUCAUCGAAACAAUCAAAGAGAAGCAGAAAACAACUGAAAAACAGGCUGAAGGCUUCAUCAAGGAGCUGGAACAGGAAAUUUGUGAGCUGAAGAAGAGAAGCACUGAAGUGGAGCAGCUCAGAAGACCUCGGAAGCACACUGAAGACCCCCUCCAUCUUCUCCAGAGUGUCCAGUCCCUAAACACCCACCACCCACCACCCACCAAGGACUGGACAGAGGUCAGCGUCUGUCCAUCAUAUGAGGGGACUGUGGUGAGAGCUGUGGCUCAGCUGGAGGAAACACUCAGAGAAGAGAUGAAGAAGCUGCUCCCUGAUUUUGAGCUGAAGAGGGUCCAGCAGUUUGCAGUGGAUGUGACUCUUGAUCCUGAUACAGCACAUCCUGAACUGAUCCUGUCUGAUGAUGGGAAACAAUUGAAACAUGGGAAGGUUAAGAAGAAUCUGCCAGACAACCCAGAGAGAUUUUCUCGCUAUACUAAUGUUUUAGGAAAGCAGAGUUUCUCUUCAGGCAGAUUUUACUUUGAGGUUCAAGUUCAGGGAAAGACUGAAUGGGCCUUAGGAGUAGCCAGAGAGUCGAUCAACAGGAAGGGAGCAGUCACACUGAAGCCAAAUAAUGGUUUCUGGACUAUAUGGUUAAAUCAAAAUAGGUACAAAGCUCUUGCUGUCCCUCCAGUGCGUCUCUCUCUGAAGUUUCAGCCACAGAAGGUGGGGGUCUUUGUUGAUUUUGGAGAGUGUCUGGUCUCUUUUUAUGACGUAGAUGCUGCAGUUAUGAUCUACUCCUUUACUGGCUGCUCCUUCACUGAGAAACUCUUCCCAUACUUCAAUGCUGGUCUUAAUUAUGGCCCUAAAAACUCUGCACCUCUGAUCAUCUCUCCUGUCAGAGUAAACUAAUCACAUCACUUAUUUUACAUAUUGAUUUAUUUCUAUUACAGGGGACCAAUUACAUAUUUACUGACCUCACCUAAUACUUAACUGUGGUCAUUAAUUUACAUUCAAUUGCUCAGACUUUAUUUUAGGAAACACAUUAAUUUGAUGGAUGAUAGUGUCUGAAUGUGGGAUUCUGGAGGGAUUCAAGACCAAUUUUGAUCACUUUUUGAGUACAAAAAAAGUCAGAUUUGGUACCAAAUCUGUGUAACAAAUUGUAUCAACCCAAAAUGAUAAACUUAUGCCAAAUAAUAGAGCAUGCAAAUGGACUUAUUAUUCCCCAGUCAUAAUGUUCUGAACCUUUAUACUCUUUUAAACUUCAACCAAACACAUUUUUUAAAACUGAUUUAUGAUUUAUGAUUUAAGUUGACUGAGAGAGAGGAAGUGGGAUCGGUGCAUCUGUGACAAAGAGAACAAGGUUUCCCA